GAGACCCAGGCAGCGCGGGCCCUCUUCCCUCUGCCUCCGGGUGGGAUGUCUCCCCAGUAGUGAGGCCGUCGGUGAGCAGCCUUUCCUGGCCAGUCUCCCCCUCCGCAGCCUGCUGAAGCCGGGGUCAUGUCCAUGACCACUUUCUUCUUCCUGCUGACCCUACGGCUUCAUGGGUCCGGGCAGCCCAUCGGGGCCGAAGCGUGGGAGGCCAGAGAGCCCUUGGCCGACCGAGUCAAGAGGGACUUAGAAGACGAGGAUGAUGACGACUACGAACCUUACAACACGCCCCCAGCGGAGCUGAUGGAAAAUGACACUUUGCCCGCGUCGCCCCCGGGCACGGUGGGAGCAGGGCUGCCGGGGGCGGCCACGGACCGGCCCGGGAGUGAACCCGUGGGACGUGGGGCCACGGCGGGGAUGACUCCGGGAGCCACGGCGGGGAUGACAACGGGAGCCACGGCGGGGAUGACAACGGGAGCCACGGCGGGGAUGACUCCGGGAGCCACGGCGGGGAUGACUCCGGGAGCCACGGAAAGGGGAACCGCCGGUUCUGCUCUGGCAGAGGAGCCCACUUCGGGCCUCGUCUCCACCCGGGAUCUCUCCACCCACAGGGCGGUCACCGCUGCGCCCGAAACCUUGGCCCCCACCACGGAGGAGGCGACUUCCCCAGUCCAGAGCUCAGGGCAGCCGGGCGCUUACAACUCCACCGGAGGGGCCGCGGCCACGGAGUCAGCGGCUGUGUCCCGCAUGGGGAGCGCGGCCACGGCCACCUCGGCUCCGGGCACGGACACGCCGAGGACAGCGGGCGCCUCCGGGGGGCGGCUGCUCACAGACUCUGCCUCCACCAUCCUCCCGGCAGAGCUCCAGCCUAACGGCAGCAGCCCGGCCUCGGCCCUGAACGCCUCCGGCCUUUCCACCCCCAGUCUCCCCCCGACCUCCCCGCCCGGGGCGCGCGUGGCCCCUGCGGCGGUCACCGGGUGGGUGGGCCCCUCCCCCAGCUCCGCCCCCGAGGCCGCGACCACCACGGCCCAGCUGUUCCUGUCCGGCCACAUCCCGGUGCGGCAGUGCCUGCUGGCCGUGCUCAUCCUGGCCCUCGUGGCCACGGUCUUCCUGGUCUGCACCGUGGUCCUGGCCAUCCGCCUCUCCAAGAAGGGCCACACGUACCCCGUGCGGGAUUACUCCCCCACCGAGAUGGUCUGCAUCUCCUCCCUGAUGGUCGACGGGGACCCCGCGGCCAACGGCGGCCCGGCCGGAGCCAAGAGCGAGCUCCUGAAGCCCGGACCGGACUCCGGGGAGGACGGGGACGAGCUGACCCUUCACAGCUUCCUCCCGUGACC